GUGACCGCGGACUUUAUGUAAUGCACAUGUUAUAUCAGGGUGGCUUAUGCUUUGUGUGUGCGGGAUCUGGUUUCCUGGGUGCACUGUGGGGCGUCGGGCAGGGGCACUGCUGGCAUCGUCUGUGCACCCCUUCCCCUCCCCCCGUACCCUGGCAGCGGUGACUGUCUCCCAGGACGUGCCCACUUCUGCUUGGAAAUCAGCUGUUCUUUGUAUGGCAUGCCAGGGCAGAGGGAUGGCACUCACCAGCUGCUGAGCUAAGAUGCCCUCUUGCUAGCGGAGGAAUCUUCUGCCUAUCUCUACAGCUACAGGUCCAAAGCAGCAUCAAUGGAUCUGUUCAGGUGCCCAUCCUGCCAGCAGACCCUCUGGGACCCUGUGACUUUGCCCUGUGGGCACACAUUCUGCAAGAAAUGCCUAGGAGCGGUCAAUAGAUGCCAGAUCUGCAAGCAAAGGCUAAAGGCCAGGGGUGCCCAGGAUCUCAGGUGCAAUACCCUCCUGUCCAACCUGGUGGACAAGUGCCUGGACAAGGACACCAAAGUGAAGAGGAUCACAAGGGACCUGGAGGAGCUGAUCUCCAACCAGCAGUAUGAGGAGGCUGGCAAGGUGGCCUGCAGAGGAAUAGUCAUGGCUCCUGAAAAUGCCCCCCUGAGAGUACUGCGCUCCCAGGUGUAUAUGUGUUUAAAGCAAUUUCCAGAAUCAUUGCGGGAAGCGGAGGUGAUCUGUGAUCUGCAGCCACAAAACCCGGAGGGAUUUUACAGAAAGGGAAUGGCUCUCCUUCACAUGGAAAAGAAGGAAGAGGCUCUUAAGGAAUUUCAGCGAUGCCUAGCCUUAAAUCCCCACUAUACUACAGCCCGUCAGGAGAUUGAACAGAUACUGAAGGACUUGGGUUUCUCUGUGCCUUCAUCUCUGGAGGAUCCAAUGGAUGAGGUGUCUCGCAUAUCAAAACAGACCAUGGCAGACACAGCCACCCUUAUAGCACCUCUUGAAGCUGCAACCAUUGGUUCUCAGGACUGUGGUACCAGCAAUAAGAUUGAGGGAGACAAGAUUCCUCCAUUGGUUCAGCCUUCUGAUGGGACAUCACAUGCCUUACACCAAGAGCGAAGGAAGAGGAAGGACGUAGACGAGUCAACCUCGCCAAACAAAGAGAGACUAAGUAAGCAUUUAAGAUUGACAGAUUCUCAGGAAGAUGAGGAGAAUCACAAGGAGUGCCCCCUGCCUCCAUUACUUAAAGAUAUCUUGAGUCUGUCGGACCUAGAAUGUUCACUGUGUAUUCGGAUGUUUUUGGAGCCGGUCACCACCCCAUGUGGACACACAUUCUGCAGGGAAUGCUUGGAACGUUGCAUGGACCACCAACCAUACUGCCCACUAUGCAAGCAAUGCUUACGAGAGUACCUGAGGGUGGGAUCCUAUCCGAUCACUGCUCUAGUGCAGGAUCUCAUGGUGACCAUAUUUCCCUCAGAGAUGACUGACAGAAAGCAGGUCCAUCUUACUGAAAUCGCUGAGAUGUCCAAUCUGGUUAGAAAUGUGCCAAUCUUUGUCUGCACGGUGGCUUUCCCUGAAGUGCCCUGUCCUCUCCAUGUAUUUGAACCACGUUACCGCCUCAUGAUGCGCCGUUGCCUUGAGACUGGGACCAAGAGCUUUGGGAUGUGUUUAUAUGAGAGCGGCAAGAGCUUUGCAGACUUUGGGUGUAUGCUGGAGAUCCAGCACUUAGACUAUCUGCCGGACGGACGGUCACUGGUGGAGACAGUGGGCAGAAGACGUUUCCGGGUACUUCAGAGGGGCCAGUUGGAUGGAUACCACAUAGCAGAGAUAGAAUACCUGGUGGACAAGAGGCUUGAAGGCGAGGAAUUGCAGGAAGUACAGAGAUUACAUGAUGCGGUGUAUCAGCAGCUAGAAGAAUGCUUCUCCCAGAACAGAGGGAGUCUUCCCCGACGUAUCUUCAUUCAUCACGCCAACCCACCUCCGAAAGAGGACGACAUACAGGCAUCUCCAGAUGGUCCUAACUGGUGUUGGUGGCUCUUGUCCGUGUUACCAUUGGAUCCAACCUACCAGAUGCUGAUUCUCUCCAUGACAUCAUUAAAAGAAAGGCUUUUCCACUUGAAACAUAUUCUAUCUGUUUUCCUUCAGAACAGGUCUUAGGAACCAUUGAUCCUCUAAGACCUUGUGGCCUCCGUCCAUUAUAUAAAUAUGGGUUUCUGGUGCUUUCCAAUGUCACUUGAGAUUAAGUGCACUACAAGUGGUAGGAACUGGAUUGACUUCAAGUAUGAAAUAAAGAAGACCUAAUUGAAGAUGUCUACGGACAGGACAACAUCUCGUCCCCUUUUUCUGUCAAUAUCAUCAAUGAUGUUUAACCUGCCUGGAAAAACUAAAUAGUGAAAAUAUUUCCUUUUCUGAGCCACUCUAUUGUUUAAACUAUCUUCAAGUGCCACAAGGCCCCUAAGCUCAUAUUGGCCAUUUUGCUCUCUCUUGCAGUGCAUUUUUAUUGCCUACAAAUCAGUAGAUAAACUUCUGCAUAAUGAUUGUACUAUACCAUAUGCCUUUUGUUUGAUGUAACUGCUAUGGACACCUUUUAAUAAUGAAAAAGUUAUUUUUACAUACAGUGGGGCAAAAAAGUAUUUAGUCAGCCUCCAAUUGUGCAAGUUCUCCCACUUAAAAAGAUGAGAGAGGCCUAUAAUUUUCAUCAUAGGUAUACCUCAACUAUGGGAGACAUAAUGAGGAAAAAAAUCCAUAAAAUCACAUUGUCUGUCUGAUUUUUAAAGAUUUUAUUUGCAAAAUAUGGUGAAAAAUAAGUAUUUGGUCAAUAACAAAAGUUUGUCUCAAUACUUUGUUAUAUACCCUUUGUUGGCAAUUACAGAGGUCAAAUGUUUUCUGUAAGUCUUCACAAGGUUUUCACACACUGUUGCUGGCAUUUUUGCCCAUUCCUCCAUGCAGAUCUCCUCUAGAGCAGUGACGUUUUGGGGCUGUCACUGGGAAACACAGACUUUCAACUCCCUCCAAAGGUUUUCUAUGGUGUUGAGAUCUGGAGACUGGCUAGGCCACUCCAGGAUCUUGAAAUGCUUCUUACAAAGCCUCUCCUUUUUUGCCCAGGUGGUGUGUUUGGGAUCAUUGUCAUGCUGAAAGACGAGCCACAUUUCAUCUCCAAGGCCCUUGCUGGUGGAAGGAGGUUUUCACUCAAAAUCUCAAGAUAGAUAGCCCUAUUCAUUCUUUCCUUUACACGGAUCAGUCAACCUGGUCCCUUAGCAGAAAAUCAGCCCCAAAGCAUGAUGUUUCCACCCCCAUGCUUCACAGUAGGUAUAGUGUUCUUUGGAUGCAACUUUCUCCUCCAAACACGACUACUUGAGUUUUUACCAACAAGUUCUACUUUGGUUUCAUCUGGCCAUAUGGCAAUACUCUUCUGGAUCAUCCAAAUGCUCUCUAGCAAACUUCAGAUGGGCCUGGACAUGUACUGGCUUAAGCAGGGGGACACGUCUGACACUGCAUGAUUUGAGUCCCUUGCGGUGUAGUGUGUUACUGAUAGUAGCCUUUGUUACUUUGGUCCCAGCUCUCUGCAGGUCAUUCACAAGGUACCCCUGUGUGGUUCUGAGAUUUUUGCUCACCGUUCUUGUGAUAAUUUUGACACAACGGGGUGAGAUCGUGGAGCCCCAGAUCAAGGGAGAUUAUCAGUGGUUUUGUAUGUCUUCCAUUUUCUAAUAAUUGCUCCUACAGUUGAUUUCUUCACAUCAAGCUGCUUGUCUAUUGCAGAUUCAGUCUUCCCAGCCUGGUGCAGGUCUACAAUUUUGUUUCUGGUCUUCUUCAACAGCUCUUUGGUCUUGGCCAUAGUGGAGUUUGGAGUGUGAGUGUUUGAGGUUGUGGACAGGUGCCUUUUAUACUGAUAAGUUCAAACAGGUGCCAUUAAUACUGGUAACAAGUGGAGGACAGAGGAGCCUCUUAAAGAAGAAGUUACAAGUCUGUGAGAGCCAGAAAUCCUGCUUGUUUGUAGGUGACCAAAUACUUAUUUUCCACCAUAAUUUGCAAAUAAAUUCUUUCAAAAUCAGACAAUUUGAUUUUAUGGAUUUUUUUUUCUCAUUAUGUCUCUCAUAGUUGAGAGAUACCUAUGAUGAAAAUUGCAGGCCUCUCAUCUUUUUAAGUGGGAGAACUUGCACAAUUGGUUGCUGGAUUCUUUAAGAAAAAAAGUUUCAAGGUGCAAUCUUUAUUCCUACAUUAGUUUUCAGAUCCCCUAUAUAAGUACUUUGAAACCUGAUACAAGUUAUAGACUUUUCUUCUGUGAGGUAUCCCUUCCAGUAACACAUGCUGGAUGUGAGGUCUGUUGUCCAGGAUGCUGCUGUCACUAGCUCCUGUGUAUCAGCACAGCCUCCUGUCCUGGUUCCACUUCUAUGGAUAGACACUGAUGUAAGAAGCGUGUGACUGCCUCUUGUUCUAGAAUUUGCAAUGAAAGCUUAUGUAAUGCACCCUUCUCUUCAUUGAAAACUGCCUUGUGCGCUUUCCUAUCUACAGCCUGUGUGAUCUGCUGUCCCUGAUAACUUGGAUGCUUUCCCCCCUCUCCACUCUCUGGUCUGCUACACCUCCUUCCCCUCUCUGCUGCUAUCUCUAACACUGAGAGAAGAAAAGCGGGAAAGUAGGGAGAGCUGACAGCCACAGGCAGCAUACUGCUGUUGAUUCUAUGUCAGUUUCAGCAGGGCAGCCCUGUAGGUAAAGGGAGUUCCCACAGCAGAAAAAUGGUAGGACAUUUUUAAUGCUAAUAAGGAUGUUGUUUAGGAAGCAAAUGUACAAUAAAAUAGAUACUAUUGCUAAGGUGUUCAUAUUCUUUAAGUACCUCUUUACUUGGUUCAGUUCUGUAUUUAUAGUUGGCUUAUCUAUAAGACUUUGUUUAGUAGAAGGGAAUGGAUAUUUGUAAAGCCUGGCACUACUAUGGAAAAUACUAUGCUGUUACUAUUUUCUUGCAGUAGUGUCCAGCAGGCACACUUGCACUUUAUGAAAUGUUUUAGAUGACAGCCAUCGUUUUUCUGAAGAAGCUUGUCUGUAUGUUUUUGAAAUGCAAAAAUUCCUACAACAUGCACCCUUAAAGGGAAUCUGUCAGCUGUAUUUGCUGCAGACACAAUUCGGUAGUAGCAAAGGUAUAAAUACAAACUAACUUUCUGGAGCUGAUGGUGGGUGGCAAACAUAUAAAAUUGCCCUUUUUAUUUCUCAGCUAAGUGUCAAAUAGGGAGAGCCUAGCUUCUGAAGUUUCAUAGCCUGGCAGCCCUCCUUGCUAAGAGGCAAGUGUGAGCAUGGAGGUGUUCCAAGCUGUGGCACUUGAGCAGCACGGCCCUGCCUCUUUGACAAUCUCCUGAGAAAUAAAAAGCAAUUUUAUAAGUUAGACAUCCAUCAUCAGCUCCAGGAGAUGUACAGUUUGCUUUUAUACCCUAACAGCUAUCUGCAGCACACACAGCUUACAGAUUCCCUUUAAAGGGUACCUGCAUAGUUGAACUUCCAUCCUUUUUCUUAAGAUCACCGUGGAGAGAGGAAGGUCCAUACUAGGCAGUUGAGUUGGCAACUCUCUUGGCAUACUCUAUUGGUCCGGCAAUCUGACCGUCCAGUGUAUACCUGCAUCUCUCCAUUUCAUUCGAAAUAAUGGACAGGAGUUCAACUCAACAGGUGCCCUUUAAAUCCGGACAUGAUUAUUCACUGGUGGGUUUGUAAGAAAAUUAUGUAGCAUUCUUUAUUUCAACAAUUUAUUAAACUUGGCUUUUGUUGAAAUUGUUUUUAAAUAUUUCUGUGUUCUAUGGUGCUGUGGAUUCAUUAUAUACCCCACACAGCAGACACUGCCUAAACUGGUGGCAACCAUUGUACCAACCAUUAUGAACUCCAUCAUCCUAGGUUGCAUGAUGGGAGCAUGGGUCCUAGGCAGCUUAUGGUGUACAAGUUAACUCUGUAAAUAUUCUACUUUUAUGAAAAGAAAUGCAUUCUAUCGCCUUUUGUUUCGCUCCUUAAACUCAAAAAUAAAUUGAGCAAUAUACUUUUUUCUUUUCGAUUCUCAGUGGACACUAUUGCUUAUGUAAUGUACUACAUUGAAUGGGAUGUCUAUAUAGGUUUCUUGGUCCUAACAUGUUGUAAUAUCUGUAAAAAGGCUUACAGAUAUUAUUAUAAUUUUUUUUUUUUUAUCAGAUUCAUAGUGUAGAUAUGGACUGGAUGAAUCCAUUUAGUGCUUUUCUUUAUCAGCACAGAACCAUUUCAGCACUGAAUAAUCUUAGACUGGUUGCUUGGGAUUACUCUGCCUUGGUCAGAUAGCUUAUCCAUAGCAACCAGUCUGUCUCAGAUUACUAAAGGUUAAAGUUGUAUUAAAUAGAGCCCCAAUAGCGUCCCAUUGAUUUAAAUUGGAUUCUGCUGUACUGUUGGAAAGAUGUCUCUGCUGCGGAAAUCCUGCUUCUUGCUUUGCAGAAAGAAUGGACUUGACUAUUCUUUUUGCGAAUUUCACUUGGAAAUGCAUUGCCUUCUAUCCCUUUAUUUCUGAGUGGUCCUAGCAUCCGACGGAUUAUUCUAAUGUGUGGAAUGUCCACCCAGAAUGUCUACUUGUUUUUCGGGCGGGCAUUUUGCACAUUUUACGCCAUGUGAACAUAGCCUUACUGUCAAAUUAGUUUUGUAUUUUAGGUAAGGGCAUGCAACAAGACUGAUUGCUAUGGAUACACUGCCUAACAACUACAGCGAGUUGUCCAGAACAGUGUCUCUAGCAACCAGUUGGCACUAAGCUGAGGUCAGGGUAUAGAUGAGUGAUUUGGUAAUUCUUAAUAAGCUUGACCAAUCCCAGAAACGAAGUCAUGUAGGAUAACUGCAUUAAAUGUUAAGUGUAUUUAUAUCUUUAUAUAAGGAUUUUAUCAUCAGAUUAUAUUAUGAGGUUAUAACUUAUUAGACUACCUCUUCUGCUUUUAUUCUAAAUGUUGUAAACUAAUGUCAAUUAAUUGUUUCUUUAGGAACUGUAACUACAGGGUCAGAUAUGUAGAAACAUUUAGGGCCCAUGUACACCUCCCAUGGUUUUCAAUGGGAUUGUGCUGCUCGAGGUACUAUGUGAAAUUUCUGCAGUGGAAAUUCCGGAUUCCGCCAUCAGUGGUGAUGACGCUUACACGCGGAAUCUCCGCCUAUUACAAAUUCUGUAGUGUGCAUGGGCCCUUAAGGUUUGAGAUGUUUAGAACCCAUGUGACAUUACUGGGGUUGUGAUGAUUCAAAAUUUAAUUUUUGCAUACAGUGAUAUAAUGCAUAUAGAAGAUCAUUACUGUAUAUUAGUAAAUAAGGAUUUUAAUUUAAACUUUUUCUGCUAUUGUGUCCCGAGAUUUGUGACUUCUUUAUUUGCCAGUUCUUAACUGCACUACAAAUCUACUAUUUGGUAGGCAGUUGGUGUGACUGGUUUAUCAACAUUUAAUGGAAUAUUUCUGAGCAAUUUUUUUUUUCAAAUUAAC